AUGAGAAUUUUAUUCAUUUUCUUUUUAACUAUUAAUUUCAACGAAGGUGCAAUCUUGCGAUCUUGUGGCAAAUGCAGAGUUCACUGGAAGCCUGUUCGUGAAUCUGGAAUUUUCUACAACAAAUCAUACUGUAAGAAACCAUGCUUGCCGACCGAAAUUCACCGAGUCUACUUAGCCAAUAAUCUUGGAAACUUGAUCGGAGUGGAUUUCAUAGAUGCAUGUUCUUGCCAAAAAUCGUUCCAUUGA